ACAAAGUGCGCAGCCAUUUUGUUAGCUAGCUUGAGGUUAUAGAGGUUAGCCGCGUUCUGCUGCAUUAUAUGUGGUCUUUUCGAUUUUGAACGUAAAGCUGAACGAAUAAGAUACUUUUGUCGAUGUUUAUGUAAGCGUAUGACUUCCAGCCACAUAACUAGCAGCUAAGAGCAGGUCUCGUGUGUUUGUUGACGGCGAACAUUGCGCGAAACUGACUGGUCAUUCAUUUUCCGAGCCGUCUCGUUUGCUAACGCUAGCUUGUUAGCUAGCUGACUAACGUGUUUACGCGUGCUGCGAGCGGAGAAGAUAGUGAAUGCUACAGUGAGUUGAGUGUUUGCGUUUCGACACAGUCUUGUCCCGGUCUUUGACUUUAGCUCCACCCGCUGCUUUUACUCGGGCCAGCCACCAACCAUUUAGUGACCAUGUCCGAGCUGUACAUUCGUGUGGCUGAAGAUGAAAACGAGGAGCCCAUGGAAAUCCCUUCGGAGGAUGAUGGUACUAUUUUGCUAUCGUCGGUAGCAGCACAGUUUCCAGGGGCGUGCGGGCUGCGUUACAGGAACCCAGAAUCCCAGUGUAUGAGGGGAGUCCGGCUCGUGGAGGGGGUCCUGCAUGCUCCUGAGAACGACUGGGGGAACUUGGUCUAUGUCGUCAAUUACCCUAAAGAUAACAAAAGAAAGAUGGAUGAAAUAGAUGCUGCCUCAGCUGUGAAAGUGAAAAGGGGCUUUCAGAAGACAUCAGAUCUCAUUGUCCUCGGGCUGCCAUGGAAAACAAGCGAACAAGACCUGAAAGAUUAUUUCACUACUUUUGGGGAGGUCAUCAUGGUGCAGGUCAAGAGGGAUUUGAAGACUGGCAACUCCAAAGGGUUCGGGUUUGUCCGGUUCACCGAGUAUGAGACGCAAACCAAAGUGAUUGCUCAGAGACACAUGAUUGAUGGACGAUGGUGUGACUGCAAACUUCCCAACUCAAAGGCGGGUCCUGAUGAGCCCAUGCGGAGCCGUAAAAUCUUUGUUGGCCGCUGUACAGAGGACAUGACAACCGAUGAACUGAGGCAGUACUUCAUGCAGUAUGGCGAAGUCACUGAUGUCUUCAUCCCCAAACCUUUCCGGGCAUUUGCAUUUGUCACGUUUGCCGAUGACCAGGUUGCCCAAGCCCUGUGUGGAGAGGACUUGAUCAUCAAGGGCAUCAGCGUGCACAUCUCCAAUGCUGAGCCCAAACACAAUAAUAGUAGGCAAAUGAUGGAUCGAGGGCGGUUUGGGGCUGGUGGGUUCAGUCAGGGCUAUGGCAGUAAUCGUGGGGGGAUAGGCAGCGGUAGUGGUGGGGUAAACUUUGGGGCUCUCGGUCUAAACCCAGCGAUGGUGGCGGCAGCUCAGGCAGCGCUGCAGAGCAGUUGGGGAAUGAUGGGCAUGCUGGCUAACCAGCAGGGUCUGGCCACAACGGCAGGCACAGCCCCUACAACCCGAGACCAGACCUAUAGCUCUACCAGCGCCAGUUACAGCAGCCCCAGCUCAGCUAGCCUCGGUUGGGCUGCAGGCACUAACACCGCCUCUAGCAGUGGCUUCAGCUCCGGCUUUGGCACCUCUAUGGAGUCCAAGUCUUCUAGUUGGGGAGUGUAGAUAUCUUAGAGUUGUGCUUUUCUGUUGCUAUUAGGCUAAUCUGGUAAGUAUACAUACAGUUGGGAACUGCUUAUAUCUUAUGUUCCUAUUAUUAAAAAUAUACUGCCUUUUUAUUUUGUUAAAGAGAAAGAUUUAUACUUGCGUGUGACUGAUUAUGUCAUGCAUUGAAUGGGUGAAAAGUUUAGUUUGUUAGUGGAAACUCCCACACUCUGCUUUGAUUUUAAAUGUUAAAACAGAGAUGACUGCAUGCAAGAUAAAUAUUUAUAAACAUGCACGAGUAUCUUGAGAGCCCCUGUGUCCCCUUGUAAAAUGAGCUUGAUAUAAUUAUAUAUCUGUGUGCAGUUCAUUGUAUUUUUUGUUUUGACAUCAUUUGGAAACGCCUUCAUGAAAAUCUCUUCUGCAGUUCACCAACUCUUUCCCAAUUUCCCGGGAGGAAGCGCCUCAUUGGCUGCAAUGUUCGACAGAUCUCAGUAUCAAUUCCCCUCUUCCCAUGUGUAAAUGCUUUGCCAUCAAAGAACACAGCUUCACUCUGCAUAUACUGUGUUAGACGGUGGGUGUUGUCUUUUUUUCCUCUCACCUUUUUAAGGAUAUAAAAAUUUUGUCUGCUAUUGUCGCUUUUCAAGAUCAAUGAGUGGGAUUGAUGUUGGACCGAGUGAGUGAGCGAACGCAAGAGCAAAUUGAAAGAAGUGUGAGAAGGACUGUUUGUGCAAAAUGUAUUUUUUUUUUUUUUUAAAGACACAAAUGCCUGCGAGAGUUGAGAAGAACCUGUGGCUUUGUGCGAGUGUGAGAGGAAGAAGCAAGUACGAGUGUGUCCCAAAUGGCCAUCACAAGGACAUUAAUUGCAUCUCGAGAUCCCUAGGGUCUCUGCUUUUUGUCAUCAUUUUCUAUCAACCUUAAUUCUUAAAAAACAGUGAAAUGUCAAGUGCGUAAUGAGUAUUUGUACCUUUUUCGUAGCUUUCUCUUGCUGUCUGAUUUAAUGUGAAUGCUGUGUCUGGUUGUUUGCUUUAUUUUCUCCUUGUUACCACCCUCUGUGUGAAAAUGAGACUGUGCUGGUGAAGUCUGUGUGGGAAAACACUGAAAGUGUGUUUAAGUUUGAGGUUGCUGUGGUGAAUGUUUGACAAGUUCCCAUUUGAAAGUUUGUGUUUGAAGUGGUUACGAAUGCUUUUUCUAUGUUUUGUGAAUCAAAGGGAAGUCUGAAAUAAAACAGAAUUUGACUAGGUAUAAUACACUCUUGACAGUGACUUAUUUUUGACUUCACAUUAAUUGAAAUGCCAACACUUUAAUUUACAUGUAUAGGGACCUCGGACAUGGACAGCCCAGGUUUUCGUCAGAAUCCAGGUUGGAGUCAGUUAUGGAGAAGCUGAAGACAUUGUUGGGUGGGCCGGCACAAACCAAAACCAACAAUGGAAUUGCUGCACGUCUGCCUUAAUCCUGAAAAGGAUCUUCUUCACUUCACUAGCAAGAAACUUCGGACUUUCCCGUAAUCAAAUUUAGAGCGGACCAUUCUCAAUUGGGCUGAGGUAUUUGUUCAUACCUACAAAUGUCACAAAUAGGACCAAAGUCACACCUACAGUUUGGCAGCAGUCAUUCUUUUAUUUUUUUCACAAAGUCUGCCUUUUUAAUCUGAAACAUGCAUUUCUGUCAGUGAAUGCUUUUCUUUGUCCUCGUAACACUCAUUGUUAACUUAUGGAAGUAUUAACUAGUAGGUUUCUUUUCGAUGUGAUCAAAACAUUUCAACAAGGCAAGAUGUUUUUGUUAUUUUGUUUAUCCUGAUUGUAAAGUGGAUGGAAUGUAUCACUAAGAGUUAAAAAAAAAAGGGACUUAAACAACUGAUUGAACAUGCCAGCAGGAAUUUUCACUUUCUGUAUCAAGAUAUUUUAGUAUUGCGGUGUAAAAUAAACAGGUUUUUGAGUUUUUAA